AUGUCCUCAACGAGCCCCCUUUGGGAUAGCAGGAACCGCGGCUUCAUUCCUCCUUCCGAACUGCAACAGCUCCGACGCUCUUCCGUGCCGCCGCCGGUCAACCACGACUUUCACUCUCAGGACAAGCCUCAGCCAAACCGCCCUCCAAGCAUGGCUCAGCAGCCACCACCCCCGCCAGCCAAACCCACGAUGCACGGGCACGCGCGCUCUUCGUCCUUCUUUGGCUUCCUGAAGCCUAGUAACGACCAUUCGAAUCACCCGGCUCAACAUUCCUUGACCAUGGGGCCCCAACAAACGGGCACUCAGCCUUCAGACGAACAUGGACAUAUAUCUAUUAGCGAGAUACAGCCUCCCCGGCUCCCUCCUCAGCAGAGCCUCUCGAGCCCUCCACAGGGGCGCCGCUCCUCGAUGAUUGCAGGCCCUUCCCAACCACCGCAGCUCCAUCCCGAAAUUCGCUCUGUCGUGCAGCUUACUAUGGCGCACGCACACAAGGUGUACUUUUCUGGCCCGCUUGUUCGCCGGAUUGAACGACUGCCCGAUGGCCAUCGGCCGGUGAAAGAGGAAGGUUGGCGGGAUGUAUGGGCGCAGCUGGGUGGGACAACACUGAGCGUGUGGGAUAUGAAGGAAAUCGAGGACGCAAAUAAACAGGGGAAAGAGGCCCCUCCUACGUAUAUCAAUAUCACCGACGCUUUUGUACAAGUACUUGGGUCUGUAACAAUACCCGCGACACCAACCUCUCCAGCCCAGAAAUACGCAAAUGUUGUCACCGUCAAUAGUGCGGGAUCAAAUCUGUUGCUGUUCUCAUGUCCAUCUACGGCGGCACUCAUCUCGUGGGCCGCUGCGCUUCGCCUUUCUGCAUGGGAAAAGUCACGACUGGAGGAAAUUUACACAGCCCAUCUGAUCCGCAUAACCCUAAACGAUGGACGCGAUGAGCCCUCGCCUCUCAUUCGUGGGCGCAUGGAAGGGUGGGUUCGCCUCCGUGUGGCCGGCCAGACCGACUGGAAACGCCUAUGGAUGGUGGUCGCCAGCAGCUCGACCGAGGCUCCAGGAUCUCCACCGCAGCCCGAGCAUCGACCUAACUCCCCUAGUGCUCCGCGCAAGAGGCGAAUCUCUUCCCUCUUCGGCUCGCGCGAUGAAGGGUCCCUCGACAUCGCCUCGCCUGCGAGUCCCGUGAUAUCCUUCUAUCAGUCACAAAAGGGUAAGGACAGGAAGAAGGCGAUGUUGUCGCUCCAGAAUACGACACAGGCUUUUGCGGUCUACCCCGAACGCCCAGAGUUGAUCAACAGAAGCACCUUGAUAAAGGUGGAGGGUUUGAUCGGGGACGAAGAGGUAGCCGGUGGGAUGAGAGGUAGAGAGGGUUGGGUUCUGAUCAUGCCAGAAUUUGAGCCCGGAAGCCCACAGACGAAAGAAAUGCUGAGAUGGCUCAUGGCUGUGCAUGAUGCUUUCCGGCUGUACGGCAGACCCAAACAAUAUUCUUGGGAUCCUCGUGACCCGGCAUCUCUAAUGUUCGCGUAUCCUGUGGGUCCAAAUCGAGACUUGCUAUUUUUGGAUCGUGAAAUGGCGGAAUCCAUGGACCCUCGGGACGAUCGCACGUCGGCCGUUCGCUCGAGAUUAUUGAAUACGCUUUUGGAUCGUAUGCAAGGAAAGCCAUCUCAUGCGCCUCGAGCCAGUUCAAGUCCUCCGACCCUUCCUCCAAUUCCAUCAGCACGUUCCGAGGAGGAGCACGAGGACGAAGCGAGUGGAUCCCGACUUGCUCCUAUGCCCCAACUGCCUGCUUUGAGCUUCGACGCACAAGCGCAAGAUAGCAAACGGAUCCUUACACCAAUAUCCGAAAGCGAAGGGAACGGCCAUAGUCGACCUAUGACGUCACAGCAACAGGGCAGGCAAGACUCGGGUAGCAAUGAAGUUAUGCUGGAUAAAGCAGUGCAUGGGAGCCCGACCAUGAUGUCUGCCAGUGAGAUUUUUGGGCCUGUUCGACGCUCCAGUGAAGCUUCAUCACGGAAUGUCAAUACAUCAAGGCCCGAUUCGAAGCUCAGUCACUCUUUUGUAGGCAGUGGGCCGAAAUCGAAGACACCAACGGACGAUAGCCAUGGCCAUAAUGUGGAGCUCGUGAACAUCGCACUGCCAGUGUCGCCGGCGCCAACAUCGCCUAGCGUUGGUAGUCGGUCGUUCACGACAUCGCCUCCGCCCAUGUCGCCCCAUUCUCGGAGUGGAGGCAUGGCAAUCGUCCCACCUCGAACGCCGUCUCCGGCCGGGUUCUCCAUUCUGACCUCGCCUCAUUCUGCUAUUGACUCCCCGAGGCACGGAUCAUUUAUGGCGCUAUAUGAAGGCUCAGAGCGAGGCGCGCGUCCUGAGGUCUCGGUCAUGUCAACGCCAAAAUCUGCCAGUUCAUCGCUUCCCCUCACGCCAUCGAAACUGUCACAGCCUCCUGCCUCAGUACCGAAUCCGAGCACAUCCGGAGACUCUUCGAGCAACCUGUACGAAGAAGCGGGUGCUCUGUACUACAUGCAACAAUUCGAUCAAGAGACGUCAAGUCAAGCUCCACUUCGUCGUGUUCCACCGAUUGAUGAGGAUGAAGAUGAAGACGAAGACGCAGAUUCAUCCUCAGAGUAUGGGCCUACUCCCGCUCUGACUAGUCCUUUAUCAUCGGGGAGCAACCCUGUGAGCCCGCCGCGCACGGGUGCCAAUUCCCCAGCGAGGCAUGGCAUUGCUUCACGGAACCUUGCGAGGACCUCGACGCUACCCACGGCAGAUGCCGGCGCUCCCCUGAAAGUGGUUACUCCUAUAGGAAGGCGGCCGUCCGGCGCACGUGCACCGCCAAGCGGACGCCGAGUCGUGAGUGACCAAAACCCUGAACGUCGCGACUCUCCGCGUACCAGCAUGGACGAGUCCGACCUUGCCUACAAUCGAGCAACAUCCUUGAACUCACAAAUGGACGACCCCAACGCCGAUGCUCUCGCAGCACUCAGUUUUCUCGAGCAGGAAGACAAGCCUGCACCCUCGCGCUUGCCAGCCAAGCAGACUUCUCAGUCGUCAUCGUCCCAGGCGGCCUCGCCUCCACCAAUCGAUGGAUCCGCACCGCCCACAAUUGUCGAGCCUGAAGACCAGGGACGAUCAUCGACGCCAGGGAGUGACGCCGCCUCACAGUAUCGCUCUUCGUUCGCUCCCUCGAAGACUGCCAUGCAGCGCAAGGCGAAGACGGAGGCCCAACAGGCUGCGCAGGAAGCCGCUGCGCAUCGCCCUGGUCGCGUGAAUGGAAAGCUAAGGGCCAAGACAGGAAACACAGGAGCUUGGGGCGAUAGCAGUGAGGAAGAGGAAGACGAAGACGAGGACGAGGACGAGGACGUCGAUUCGGAUGGAGGAACACCAGCAUCGGCACGAGGCAGGGAUGACCGUUCUGCUUCCGGACAACCCGUGGACAACCUCUCGCUUCAUUCUCAAGCACGAGGGCCGUCACCAGGAGGACCGUUGGCCGAUUCGUCCUACCACCCUCAACUACGCCUACCGCGUAACUUGCCGCAAGUUCCUGGCCCGAGGCCCCAAGUUCCAGAAGGUGACGAACCGUAUGCCCCAUUACCGCGAAGAUUCGUGUCGGAUCAGUACUCAGAGGCUGGUAGACGAACCACGUACGGCGAAGGCAUGCCUCGACCACCUUCGGCUGCCAGACCUGGAUCCGAAUACCCUCCACAACUUCAGGCCCCACCACCAAUGCCUUCACGCCAGACUAUGUGGAGUCAGGUUCUGGACCCUGGCAGGCAGCCAGGUGUAGUUCCCGACGGAUCGAAUGGUCGGGAUACAUUCGUCCAAAUUGAAGCUCCAGCUGCAGCGAUGACGAAAGCAUUUACACCUCAUGGACUUCUCUCUGUUGGGCUUCAGGACAAAGAGGACCGGUCUGCCAAAAAGCAGGAAGAGCUUGCUCGGGAGACCGGCGCAUCGCUUAUCAACGUUCCAUAUAAGCCUCCACCCCCUCAGACUGGUCUUUUAGGUGCUAUUACUGCUCACGAGCGCGAACGCAAGCGCGAAGGUGGUGUCGGCGCGACUCUCACUGAACGUGAGCGCGAGAAGCGCUUAGCAGAGGACAGGCAGCGGAAGCUUGAUGAUCUCCAGCGACAGCAAUUGGACCAGAUGCAGCAGGGCGGCUCUGUGUAUGGGACUCCCCAGCUCGGUGGCUACAACCCGAUGAUGAUGGGGAUGAACCCUAUGAUGACCGGCAUGAACCCCAUGAUGACGGGUUUCGGUAUGGGAUAUCCUGGGAUGAUGGGAGGUUACGGAAAUCCUCAACACAUGUUUGCUGCUCAGCAGGCUGCCCAGGCGUAUCAGCAGGCGAUGAUGUCCUUCUCGCAGGCUGGAUCGCAAGCUGGUGGGGAAGCUGGCGGAGGCGGUGGUGCGCUUAAUCCUAUGAUGACUGGCGGAACCAUGGCUGGGUUCGACCCCAGGUUUUCGAUGAUGGGUAUGCCGAUGAUGAGUCCGAUGGGUAUGGGUGGGGGCAUGAAUCCCGGGAUGGGCGGUGGCUUGAGUCCUGGGAUGGGUGGGGGCAUGAGCGCCGGGAUGGGCCCCAUGGGUAUGCAGAUGACAGGUGGAUCAAUGUUUGAUCCACGCUUCUCUCAAUUCGACCCAGGUGCUCAACUUCCCAUGAACGACUUCGCCGCUCAAGGACGAUUCACCCCGCGCAACGGCUCCGGACAAAAUUCGCCUGGGGGUCCUCGGCCUCUCGAUUCGGGAGAGGAGGCGCCUAGAAACUCGAACAAUGCUAGCCCCAGACCACCACAGUGAUUGAUCAUAGACAUAAAAUUUGGAUAUCCUCACGGCAUUAUACCGCACAUUCUCGUUCUCUCCUUGCUCACACAUUCCAUGCUCUUGGGUUUACGCAUCCUUUGUUUUUUUGGUGAAACUAUGAAGGCUCACAAGUUUUUUUAAUAACCGUCUACACUUCCUAGUCUGUGUUUCGCUUUGUUACACAAUAGUUUCUGCCCAAGCUUCUUUUUGAGAUU